AUGCAAGUCUCACGAGCACAGAGCAGCGCGCGCCUGCAACGAACAAAUACCAACGCAAAGAUGUCGAUAGUCCCUAUGAUGUUCCGCGACUGGUGGGAUGACUGGGAUCGCCCCUCCCGGCUACUUGAUCAGCACUUUGGCAUGGGCCUCCGAAAAGAUGACUUACUAUCAUCUAUAUCUUCCUUCCCUUCAAGCUCUAUCUUCAGAAACUCCUAUUUCAGACCAUGGAGGACAAGUCUCGCCAGACAAGAGUCUGCUUCCACUAUUAAUAUGACAAAGGAGAAAUUUGAAGUUAUCCUAGACGUACAACAAUUCGCUCCAGAAGAGAUCACAGUAAAAGCUACCAACAACUGUGUUGUGGUCGAAGGAAAACACGAGGAGAAGCCAGAUGAGCACGGUUUCGUCUCUCGUCAGUUCACUCGUCGGUACAUCCUCCCCUCAGGCUACGAAGUCGCUGACCUAGUCAGUACUUUGUCCUCAGACGGAGUCCUCACAAUCACGGCACCCAAACGUCCACCACCAAACAGCGGUGAAAGGAUCGUACCUAUUACGAGGACCGGUCCAGCGAAGCAACCAGAACCCCCAACGACUGAACCACCAAAAGAGCAGACAGUCCCUAUUGUCACUUCCCCUUAA